CUCUCGCUCGUGCUGCAGCCUUGUGUUUCCUGUUUACGGGCGGGAAGAGUGAACCUGCGCCUCAGCCUGUCCUGCAUUACAGCUCAUUUUCAUCGCUGCGCGCCUCCGUGUUGUUGUUUUUUUACUCCUUUUAUUAACUCUCAUCGAACGCUUCGUGCGCUUUAAAGCUCUGAUGGCGGAGCCCGCGGACUCCGGCGGUGGAGCGGCAGCGGAGGGCAACGCGGCGCGGGUGACGGAGGUCCGCUGCCCUGCGGGAGUGCGUCCGCUGCGGCUGCUCGAGUGGAAGGUGAAGCCCGGAGCUCUGGUCAACGUCGACUCCGUCAUCGCGGUUUGCGCGCCAAUCGCCGCCGAGAGCGAGUCCAGAGCGGCCGAGAGGAAGCUGAAGUCAGACCGCGCUGGAGCUGUGCGGGAGCUGUGCUGUCAGCUCGGACAGGUCAUCGCGCCCGGGAGUGUAAUAGCAAAAGUGGAAGAAUGCAGCCAUCCUGUUGUAAUGAAGGGCUUGUGUGCCGAAUGUGGCCAGGACUUAACUCAACUACAGAGCAAGAAUGGAAAGCAGCAGGCGCCCAUCUCUACGGCGACCGUUUCCAUGGUGCACAGUGUUCCCGAGCUGAUGGUCAGCUCUGAGCAAGCAGAGCAGCUUGGCCGAGAGGACCAGCAAAGACUUCACAGGAACAGGAAGUUAGUGCUGAUGGUGGAUCUGGACCAAACGCUGAUCCACACCACUGAACAGCACUGCCAGCGCAUGUCCAACAAGGGAAUCUUUCAUUUCCAGCUGGGACGGGGGGAGCCUAUGCUUCAUACACGACUGCGGCCUCACUGCAAAGACUUUCUAGAAAAGAUCGCCAAACUCUAUGAGCUGCACGUCUUCACCUUUGGCAGCCGUUUAUACGCUCACACCAUUGCAGGUUUUUUAGACCCUGAAAAGAAGCUCUUCUCUCAUCGCAUCAUGUCUAGAGAUGAAUGCAUUGACCCCUUCUCUAAGACAGGCAACCUCAGAAAUUUGUUCCCCUGUGGAGACUCCAUGGUGUGCAUCAUAGACGACAGAGAGGACGUGUGGAAGUUUGCUCCCAACCUCAUCACAGUGAAGAAAUAUAUCUACUUCCAGGACACCGGAGACAUCAACGCCCCACCGGGUUCACGAGAGGCCCAGAUGGCCAGAAAAGGUAACCAGGCUGGGCGGCCUGCAGAGAACCUGGAAUCGUCAGGACAGGAGGAACAGAGAAACGGCCUCAGGAAAUCCAGCAAGGACCGAAAAACUGGGCAUGAGGAGUCGUCCCCCUCUGCCACCGCCACUCAGGGAGCACCAGCCAAUGAGAGGACUCACCCCGCAGAGGAACGGCCCAAUGACAGCACCGAUUUAACUGACAAGUGUAAUGUGAAAGCGGAGGGGGAGGGCAGCUCAGGUGAGACUGACACCCCAAAUGCUGCUGCUGAUGCCGCUGCCAACGACCUGGAUUUUGACCUUUCGAGCGACAGCGAAAGCGAGGGUAAAACAGGAUUAUCUGACAGCGAUGGUGAAGGACGGCCGGUGGAUGCUGGGAAAGCCAAACAAAGCCAAACAAAAACCGAGGAGCAAAAAGGAUGUUUGCUUUGUAAAAGCAAAGAGGAUGGCGGGGAAGGGGACAAACAGAGGACAGAGGGGGACGACGUUCCAGAAACAGAUCCCGAGGGUCUCGGUGAUUUGGGCAACGGCUGUUCUGACAAGAAAGAAGUGGAAACAGAGUCUCAAAACAGCGAGCAGUCAGGCGUCACAAUGGGUGAGGAGUCUUUAGAUCACAGUAUGGAGGAUGAGGACGAUGAGGAAGAGGAAGACAUGGACCAGGACGACCACCUCAUUUACUUGGAGGAGGUUUUGGUUCGCAUCCACAGUGAGUAUUACUCACGCUACGAGGCCUUCCUCAGGAAAGAGAGUCCAGAGAGUCCGGACAUACGGAAGAUCAUUCCCGAACUGAAGGGCCGCGCGCUGGCGGGCACCACCAUCAUCUUCAGUGGCCUGUAUCCCACCAACUACUCAAUGGAGCGCACGAGGGAGUGGUUCCACACCAAGGCGCUGGGUGCCAAGCUUGGCAAGACCCUGGUGCUCAAUGCCAAAGACCCAAACCUCACCACCCACCUUAUUGCUGCACGCGCAGGUACCGAGAAAGUUCGUCAAGCUCAGGGCUGUAAACAUCUCCAUGUGGUGAAUCCUGAUUGGUUGUGGGCCUGUUUGGAGCGCUGGGAGCGAGUCGAGGAGCGACUCUUUCCGCUCAAUGAGGACUAUAACAAAUCACACAGGAGCAAUAGUCCCGCCACGUAUCCAGACAUCCCCGGGUCCGUCCCGAAGCCUCUGUUCCAGGCCCCUCCUGUUCAGCAGAAGCCCCUGCCAGCGCUGGAAAUGCGGACAUAUGACCCCGUCACCGGCAAACUGAUCCGCCGGGGUCCCCAGGCCUCCCGUCCACCCUCUUAUCUGCACUCGCAUGGAUCGUCCAUGUCAGCCAAGGGAGAUCUGUCCAGCCGCAGGUCAGCUCAGGGGUCUCAGCAGACGGAUGAGGCUGCAGGAUCGAGUCCUGACGAUGAGCAGCCUGGACCUUCCCGCAGGAAACGCCAGCCCAGCAUGUCUGAAACCAUGCCGCUCUACACACUCUGCAAAGAAGACCUGGACAGCAUGGACAAAGAGGUGGAUGACAUCCUCGGGGAAGAGAGUGACAAUGAAAGCGAGGGAAAAUGGAAAGAGGAGAGGAUGGAGGUAGAGGAGGAGGAAGAGGAAGAACGGCCCCACACAAGCAAGCAGAAGGCCCCAGCAUCAGAUCAUGUCCCGCCACUGGCCACUGUUGUUGAGGAAACAGCCCAAACAUCGACCAGAGAAGAAGUCUGUGUGACGAGGAAUGUGCCAAGGGGCCACAAAAGGAAACUGGAGGAGGCCAGAGAAGAUAACGCCGAUAAUGAUGAUGAUGAUGGCAGCUCCAGUAAAGACUCCAAUGAGGAUGAGGAGGGCAGCAGCUCGGAGGCUGAUGAGAUGGCCGCUGCGCUGGAGGCGGAGCUAAAUGAUUUCAUGUGAGCUGAUUGGACGACGAUGCAUAUGAACUAUUCUGUGUUCUCAUAAGGUACCUGAGACAAAACAUGCGUUUGUGUCGCUGUUAUACAGCGCAAGUAAGUGUGUGUGUGUGUGUGUGUGAAUAAAACGAAUGGAUUUACAAAGUAGAUAGAUAUGUACAGAUAGAGUUUUAGUUGGACAAGUCCAACACAAAGUAAUUUUAUUGUGAAUUUACUUACAGUACGUAGAGGUGUGGGUGAAGUAUAGCUUCUGUGUCUGAUGUUUUACUUAGUUUCUGUUCCAAAAUUAAUUUUUAUAUAAAUGUAAAUGAAAUUAAAUAUUUCAACUAAUUGGUAAUGAAUGCCAAAGAGUCUGAAGCGGGUCUGCAGCUGAGAGCUGAGAGAUGUUUGGAAGGGUUUGUGGUCCUCACCAGCAGUCAAACUCAGACGUCCGAAUGUGUCCAGUGUCGUCUCUUUCCUUUGGUUUCGUGCGUCGUUUCGUGACUGACACUGUGCUGCACCAAUCCCAGAAUACCAGCACUUUUAGACACGCCCACAGCCACUAUUACCAAAAAACUCACAACUGCUAAGAACGUGAAAUGUAAAAUCAGUUCAUCUGUAUUAUCAGUAAUAAGCGUGCAACAAAAGAUCUUAUUUACACCGUUAUGGUUCGCGACUGAUUUGUUACAAUUGUUUGUAUUAAAGGAGUAGUUCACAAAAAUUGCUUUUAUAGUUCUGUCAUCAUUUACUCACCCUUGUGUCGUUACAAAGCAAGAAACACAAAAUGAGACAUUAGGCAGAAUGUCUGAGCUGCUUGUUUCAUACAGUGUUAAUGCCACAGUCCAAAAUGAGCACCUUACAUAUCCUUUACAAAUCCAUAAUUUACAUCUUCUGAAGCCAUAAGAUAGCUUUAUGUGAGGAAAAUACAGGAAAGUCUUUGUCCUCUUAAAAGUUUAACAUCAUGAAAUUUAUUCACAAAUGGAUAUCAAUGCACCAUUUUAAUAGUCCAUAUGGCUUUUCAGAUCGUAGAUAAAAGAGCUGCUCAGACGUUCUGCGCCUUUAUUCAUUUUUUACAAAAGAAAGGACACUUUGGA